CUCCUGCGUCUCCGCACCGACAACCGCUGGGGCCGGAGCGCGGUCGGAGCUGGAGCCGCUGACCUACGGAACCAUGGAGGCCUAAGCCGGCGUUGCACACCCGGGCCCCUGUGCGCCCGCGCUCUCGCUCCCCUGCUGCCUGCCCGCCGCGGCUGGAAGCAGAGUCCGCGCCGCUGACACAGAUUGUCUUGUGGAAAUGCCCAUGUGAGGAGGAGCUGCCUACCACAUAGAAGAUGGGAUCAAACAGCAGCAAGAUCAGUGACCUUCCGAAAAACGAGUACUUAAAAAAACUGUCAGGCCCCGAGUCUAUCUCUGAAAACGACCCCUUCUGGAAUCAGCUCUUUUCAUUUUCUUUCCCUGCACCAACCAGCAGCACUGAGUUGAAGCUGUUGGAGGAGGCGACCCUUUCAGUUUGCCAGGCUUUGGUUGAGAACAACCCUCGGACAGGGAACCUUGCUGCACUAACUAAGGUCUUCCUUUCCAGAACCAGGGAACUCAGGCUUUCGGCCGAGUGUCAGAACCACAUCUUCAUUUGGCAGACACACAAUGCUUUGUUCAUUAUUUGCUGCUUGCUGAAAGUGUUCAUCUGCGAGAUGUCUGAGGAGGAGCUGCAGCUUCAUUUCACAUAUGAAGAGAAGUCCCCCGGCAGCUACAGUUCUGACCCUGAAGAUCUUUUGGAAGAAUUGCUCUGCAGCUUGAUACAGUUAAUCACUGAUAUUCCACUCUUGGAUAUUACGUAUGAGAUAUCAGUGGAGGCCAUCUCAGCGAUGGUUGUCUUCCUUUCCUGCCAACUCUUCCACAAGGAGGUUCUGCGACAGAGCAUCAGUCACAAGUACCUGAUGCAAGGCCCGUGUCUUCCGUACACCAGCAAACUUGUGAAAACCUUAUUGUAUAACUUUAUCAGACAAGAGAAGCCACCUCCACCAGGAACCCAUGCCUUCCCUGAGCAGUCGGAUGGGGGAGGACUGCUGUAUGGACUGGCGUCAGGAGUGGCAACUGGUCUCUGGACUGUCUUCACGCUAGGCGGGGUGGGCAGCAAAGCGGCCGCCUCUCCCGAACUUACUUCCCCUCUGGCCAACCAGAGUCUCCUGCUGCUCUUGGUGCUGGUGAACCUGACGGAUGCCCCAGACAUACCAAACCCCUACAGACAAGCCGUCACGUCAUUUAAGAACACGCAAGACAGCAGCCCGUUCCCAUCAUCAAUUCCACAUACCUUCCAGAUCAACUUUAACAGUCUGUACACAGCCCUGUGUGAACAGCAGACGUCUGACCAGGCGACGCUCCUCCUGUACACCCUGCUGCACCAGAACAGCAAUGUCAGGACGUAUAUGCUGGCCCGGACAGAUAUGGAGAACCUUGUUUUACCAAUUCUUGAGAUUCUGUAUCAUGUUGAGGAAAGGAACUCACACCAUGUCUAUAUGGCCCUUAUAAUCCUGCUGAUCCUUACAGAGGACGAUGGCUUCAAUCGGUCCAUUCACGAAGUGAUAUUAAAAAACAUUACUUGGUAUUCAGAAAGAGUCUUAACUGAAAUUUCCCUGGGGAGCCUCCUAAUUCUGGUCGUAAUAAGAACCAUCCAGUACAAUAUGACUCGGACUAGAGACAAGUACCUGCACACAAACUGCCUGGCAGCUUUAGCAAACAUGUCAGCUCAGUUCCGCUCCCUCCACCAGUAUGCUGCCCAGAGGAUCAUCAGUUAUGCCUGCCGCCACUUGCGGAGAUAUGUUUAUGUGCUGGACAGAUUGUAUUCCCCCCGCUCUCCCUGUUCCGCACGUCAGCGUUGCUUCUCGGCCCCCAGUGACAAUGGAGAGGAACUCUUGUCUCUAACUUGCUCUCACGUUCUCAGAUCCUAUGCCUCCAGUUUGUUUUCUUUGCUGUCUAAAAAGCACAACAAGGUUCUGGAGCAAGCCACGCAGUCCUUGAGAGGUUCCCUGGGCUCCAGUGAUGUCCCUCUCCCAGAUUAUGCACAGGAUCUCAGUGUCAUUGAAGAAGUGAUUCGGAUGAUGCUGGAGAUCAUCAACUCCUGCCUGACAAAUUCUCUUCACCACAACCCAAACUUGGUAUACGCCUUGCUCUACAAACGGGAUCUCUUCGAGCAAUUCCGAACGCAUCCCUCAUUCCAGGACAUAAUGCAAAACAUUGACCUGGUGAUCUCCUUCUUUAGCUCAAGACUGCUGCAAGCUGGAGCUGAGCUGUCCGUGGAAAGGGUGUUGGAGAUCAUCAAACAAGGGGUUGUGGCGCUGCCCAAAGACAGGCUAAAGAAAUUUCCAGAACUGAAGUUCAAAUAUGUGGAGGAAGAGCAGCCUGAGGAGUUCUUCAUCCCUUACGUCUGGUCCCUGGUCUACAACUCUGCGGUUGGCCUGUACUGGAACCCACAGGACAUCCAGCUGUUUGCCAUGGACUCGGACUGAAGCCUGACGCAGCCACACCCACCGCGGCCACGCCCAGCAGCUUGUUACUUCACGGCAGGAGCAAGAGCAGACAGACUGCCACAGAGGGUCACACCAGCAUGUUUCCCGCACACACUGUGACUGUUGGGGGACUGCGCCAGUUAGCAGUUGUUCACUCAGCCUUGAUUAUACUGGGAGGGUGAGACAAAAAUAAACGGGAAACAUGCUGUUCAA